GUGGGGAUACUCAUCGUCGAAGGAUGGUAUAAGAGAAGCCGGAAUGUGGAGGCGUCGCCAGUCACCCUGACUUUCUUUUAAGCUUCAUAUAAGUGUACUUUUUAAGAGGACACAUAUAUAAAAACAGGUCCUUGAAAUGAAACGAAGUGCAUCACUACUGCUGAUUGCAGUAGCGUUGGUCUAUAAGGCCAAUGCACUACCCUAUUCGGGUAAUCAUCAAGACAAUGGUUAUCACUAUAAGGAAGGUAAUUUAGAGCAACAUAGUGAACAAAUUCCCCAUGUGGAAUCAAUUGAUUAUUCGAAGGACGUUAAUGAUGUUCAUCAUUUUGAAAAUGAAGAAUUAAAUAAUCCCGAAGAUGAUGGCUAUUAUUAUGAUAAAAAGGAGUCUGAUAAUCCUUUUUUCAAUAAAAAUCAAGAAACUGAAUGUACCACUACAUCUUGUAUUGCUAGCACUACAUUUGGUCUCAAAAAAGGAAAUGCCAAUAUGCAAGCUAAAGAUCAACGAAAUACAAUCAACAAUCAGGGAAAUCCAUUUUUUAAUCAAGCUACUGCAUCCGUUGGAAUAAAUUCUCAUGUAACGAAGACGCCAACCUAUCAAGUACCUAAACCUACUCGACCAGUUUCUGUAAAUAUUGAGAAAAACAAUCCAUUCCUAAAACCAGGAUCUGGAUCCGUUGUGUUGACACCAUUAUUGAUACAAACUGAUCAAACUGAACAGAUCUCACAAUUUCCAGAUCAAUUAACCAAUGGACCAAAUUCUCACGAGAUUCAAAAUUCUCCAGAUCAAUUCACUCAACAAUUCGAUACCAAUAUUGGCCUCACUGUCAGUUGUAAACGACAAAAUAAAAUUUGUGUUCCCAAAAAUCUUUGCAUAAAUGGCUACACUACUCAACAAGAAGAAUUUAAUAAUCAGAAACAAGAUUGUGACUUGAACCAUGAAGUUUGUUGUAAUUUGAAAAUUCAAGAGAAUGAAAUUAAAACUAGCCGACCAAUACCCGUGAAAGAUAACAAAGACAAUUCCAAUAAAGGUGGAUUAUUUGACUUACAUGAAUUGAACACAAUAGGACAAAUUACACCUGAGGCUAAUGGAUAUUUGCCACCAAUUGGAGGUGCACCUUCCGAUCAAGUACCAGCCUUUUCUCAUCCCCCCGAGGAUCCGGAGCAUGAAGGUGAAGCCAAUGAUCCAUCACCAGUGGAAAUUCGUCCCACAUUCCCCCCAGCUCCUGAAAUUCCACCACAAGUUGGAUGUGCCGCUGCUUUACUUUGUGUUGAAGAACAAUUUUGUACCAUGGAUGCAGUUAUAAGCCCAGAGCCUGUGACGUUGACCAGCGAUCAACUAUUGAGAAGAGCGCCAAUGAGCAGUUGCAGGAACCCUGACAGUGGCAUCAUUGGAAAAUGUUGUCGUGACCCAAAUUACGUUGAUCCAUGGCCAACGGGCAAUUUACCCGCCAAUUAUACUGGUGGUUUUGAUGAAAUGGGCUUCCCAACAUUUUUGAAUAUCGCAAAAACAAAACCAAAAGGAAGCCGACCUCAAGAAUCGAAAAAAAGUCAACAAACAAUACGACCACAACCACCAAUUAAAACACAGCCCAUUCGCCCCGAAGCACCAUUCGCCCCUGUAACAAUUCGACCCCAACAACCAAUUCGUCCUCAACAACCAAUUAAAACCCAACCAAUUCAUCCUCAAGGUUCAUUUAUCACCGAAACAAUUCCACCUCAAGAAACACCUCAACAACCAACUAAAACACAAAUAGUACAAAGUCCAUUUGUUCCCGAACCAAUUCGCCCUCAACAACCAAUCAAAACACAACCAAUUCAUCCUCAAGCUCCCUUCAUCCCUCAACAACCAAUUAUAACCCAAACAAUUGAUCAUCAAGUUCCAUUGGUCACUGAAACAAUUCGUCCUCAACAGCCAAUAAAAACAGAAACAAUCCAUCCUGUUCAACCACUCAUUACAGAAUCCGUUCGUCCUCAGACAAUUGUUGAACUUUCACCUCCAAAAUCAACAAUUUUAGAUCAAACAAUUCAUUCGCAAUUACCAAUUGAACAGCAAACAACAAUCAUAGAAAAAGAACAACCUCCACAAAUUCUUGAACUUCAACCUCCAUUUCACUCUGAACAACCCACAAACAAUGAAAAUGUUAUCCAACCUUUAGAACCAUUAAAAACUGAACAUCUACAACAGCCAAUUAAAACUCCUUCACCUGUCAAAGGUCAUCGACCUGUCGAACCAACACCUCCUUCGAAAAUUUUUAAUUUCCCCAAUCAACCUAUUAACAAUGGUAUACCACCAAGACCCACUUUUAUCAACAAUAUUCCAAGUGUAAGCCUACCAAAUAUUCCAAUUUCCAAUCCUUUUAUCCAAAAUCACCCAUCAAAACAUACAUUUGAAACUCAAUCAACUCACGAAAAGCCAAUUAUAAUAAAACCUCACACUCCAGGUGCUCAAUGUGGUUUGAAAAAUCAAAUUCAACGUCCAAGCAGUUUGAGUGACGUGGACGUUGCCUUUGGCGAAAUUCCAUGGCAAGCAAUGAUUCUCUCUGGACGUGAUCGCAAAUUACUAUGCUCCGGGGCAAUAGUGUCACCAACUGUCGUUUUAACUGCUGCUCAUUGCGUCGAUGGAUUCAAAUCAUCAGAUAUUUCAAUUAAAGCCGGUGAAUGGAAAUUAGGCUACGAUUUAAAACACGAAGAACCAUUGGAUUUUGAAAUUGUACAAGUUGCCACAAUUUUAAAUCAUCCUGAAUAUUCUUCAGGCAAAGCAAGUUACGAUACUGCUCUUUUAUUCUUAGAACAUCCCAUAUCGCUUAAUCAACAUGUUGAUACAAUUUGUCUCGGUGAAAAACCCACAAUUGCACCCGAGAGAAAAUGCAUUGCCACUGGAUGGGGUAAAAUUGUUCUCCAAGUAAAUGUUGCUGGAUCUUUAAUGCACAGUGUGGAUGUUGAUCUUUUAAGUCAAAACGAAUGUAGACAGAGAUUAGAGGGAGCCGAAGCACAAUUGGAUAUUGAUGAUUCUCUUGUUUGUGGAAAAGCACAUCAUGUUAGUAACAAUAUGUGUCAAGUGGAUGUUGGUGGACCUUUAGCUUGCGAUCGUGGAGAUGGAUACUAUGAACUUUCUGGUAUUUACAGUCAAGACACUGGUUGCCUUCCUACCAAUCAGGUUGCAACGUUUGCAUUGAUUGACACACAAUGGGUGAAGGACAUGAUGCAAUCACCACCUUUGGAAAAAAUUGAACACACAUUUUCCGAAUUCCCAACAGCUACAUAUCCAAAACCGAUAAAUCCACUGGUACCUGCUCCCGAACCUUUUGUCCCACAAGUUGAACCACUUCGUCCUUUGCAAAACAUUCCUCAAACCUUCCAGCCAGUUAGACAACCAGUACAACCAAUUCGACCCAUUGUACCACAAUACGGUAAACCUUUUGCCAAAUAUGGUCCACCAAUUGUUCAAUCUCAACCUCAACCUCAACCAAUUCGUCGUCCAGUAACUCCAGUGGCUCCAAUUGCUGUCGUCACCAAUAAACCAGUGGUUCCAAUUGCAGUUUUCAAUAAACCAUCAAUUGCUCCAAUUACCCAUAAACCAAUCGCACAAAUAUCAGGACCACAAAGUGAAUUUUUACCACCAAUUAAUCAAUUGCCAUCAGGUUUUCAACACACUCACAGUCAAGAUGAAGUUUGUGAUUGUAGAAAGAGUAACUUACCAUCAGCAUUAAACCAAUAUCUACCUCCUGCCUUUUAAAAAAAAAAAAAUAAUAAAAGGGCCGACUGAAUCCUUUUCAAUUAUGGAUUUAUAUAUAUAAUCCUUCAGACAAAAAGGAAAGGACUGGACAUUUACUGAAACCAGUUUAUAAUCGUUCCUCGAGCUUCUCCUUUGCUAUAGCAAUAUACUAAAAUGUCAUUAAAAUAACAAUUUUUACCAAAUCUUUAUGUCAAUGAUGCUUGAUAAUAUUUUUUUUUUUUAGAAAUUAUUUCGAAGAUUAGAAAUCAUAUAUGUAUCUUAGUGGGGGAAAAAACAAGAUCUCGACUGACCACAUUCCUCAAUACAAACUAAAAUUACAGUGAAUAUUAACUGUUAUCUGUAAUUAAAAAUUCCAUUGGGGAAUGUAAAAUGCAAGUUUAAUUAAUGAAAACGUGUCUUACAUUAAAAAAAAAAUUUAAUUGGGUAUAUAGAACUAAAAAUUAUUAUAGAAGAAAAAUUUCACGUUGAAAAAAUUCUAAUGGCACACAUUUUGGGGAAUGGUAAAAAAAAUUAUUCGAAUUUUGCCAAUAUUAAAAAAAAUUUGAAAUUUAAAAACAAUUUCAAUUUAAUUAUUAAAAGUAUUUUAAGGACAAAUAAUUAUUUUUUUUUCUUGAAAUAAAUACACGGAGAAAAAUGAAUAGAAUCUAAAUUGUAAGUGGUACACUUACAAUUCAUAGAUUAUAAUAAUGGAACGAUCCCUUUUUUUUCUCGCAGUAAUAUAUAUAGUUUUAUUAAUAUACUGUACACUGUUACAAACUGAAAUAUUUAAACAUGGUUCAAUAAUUAUAAAAUAUUGUACUUUUUUUUUAUUUGAUAAUUAUUAUAUUAUCAUCAGCGUACAAAAAAAAAAUAUAUAAUUGACUUUAACAGUGUACAAUAUUUUAAAUAAUAGUUAAUCAAAAAAGUACUAAAAACGAACGUUUCCAGUGCCUCUUUGUACUCCAAAGUUUAUUUCAAAUGUAUAUAUAUAAGGACAGUCGAAUAAUGUAAAUGUAAUAUGAAUUUAAGAAAAAAUUUAAUCUAGUUGAAGUAAAAUACCCUUUUAUAUGAAUUAAAAUCUGUAUUGUUAUUGCUUAAAUAUAAAAAAAUAAGUAACUGUGAUACAAAAUAUGUAUUUUUGUUUUCUCUUCAAUUUCUUAUAUAUAAUUUCCAAUAAGAAAAUGAAAAAAAAAAAAAAAGUAAAGGAAAUAAUCAAUUUCAAUAAUAAUUAAUUAAAAUAAUUUAUUUAUUCAUACUUUUUCAAAUGAUACGUAAUCGAAGUUUAAAACAAAAUGAUUAAUUAGAAUUUUUAAUAUAAAAAGUUAUUAAAAUUACCCAUUUACGGACACAUAAUUUUUUUUUUAUAUAAAUAAAAUCGUAAAAAAAAAUUUAUUUUCUAAUAAUCAUUACUUAUAAUUAUAAUCAUUUUUUUUAUAACUGAGAUACUAAUUGAACUAAAAAUUGAUUGGAAUUGAGAAAAUUUUUUUUUUUUAAUAAAAUCUUAUAGAAACUUUGAUAAUUUCUAACAAAAAAGAGUCUAUUGUAUAUAUAAACAAUUAUUAUUGAGCAAUGUUCAUAUUUGUUUUCUUAUCAAAAUAAUAAUUAUUAUUAUUAUAAAUCUGUCAGACAUGAGCAAUUGAGCAUCGAGUACCUGUACAGCACAUACUAUUUUUUAAUAGUUAAUUACUUUUUUUUAAUUAAACGCAAAGUUCUUACAUAAGUUUUGUGAAAAAUCAUAGAAAUUAAAUUCUCUCGACACCUGUCGUUUAUGAUUUAUUAUUUUUAUCUUUAUACUAUUUUAUCAAUAUUCCCAAAAAAAAAAAAAAAAUGUUGACGUUGCAAUCUAAUAUAAAAAUAAAAUAAGAUGAUUUUUAUUAUUUUUUGCAAUUGUAUAAUAGAGAUCUAAAUAAUUAAACAUGUAACGAUAGAAUUUUAAUUUUUUUUUUCUAUUUCCACAGCCAUAAAGUCAAAUUGUAAUUUAAUUUUUGAAUUGCAUAUGUAAUUUGUUCGCAAUGAAAAAGAAAGUACAGACACUUUCUGUACAUAUGUAUUUAAUAUGCUUUAAAAGUUACCAAAAACCAACUUAAAAUUCUUAAAAAUUAAUCUAUUUUAGAAUCAGAAAAAAUUGUUGUAUUUAGAGAAAUAUUUUUUUCUUUGAGAAAACUUUGUUAUAAAAUAAUCAUGACGUAUAAUUAUAGAAAAAUUUCCGCAGAUUUCAUAACUGCACACAUAAACCUGGAGAACAAGAAAUUAUAUAGGUUUUUUAAUGCAUAUUUUCUAGAAAAUUUUAUUUCACAUACGGCCUAUAUUAAAAUUCAUUUUUCUGUAUAAUUUCUAAUCUGUAGAAAUAACUAUAUCUUUUUACUAAAUAGAGAAAAAAAAAAAAAAAUGAAAAAACUUUGCCUAAAUUAAUUUUUAAUAAUCGACAAAAAUAUUUGUUUGCCAAUAAAAAUAGUCUUAAUAACUAAGACAAGAAAUCUUUUAAAGAUUGAUGCAUGUAUAAUUAAUGCAAAAAAAAAAAAAACACAA